AUGGUAGGAACGAUCUACGCAAUGAUGGAAGCGCAUUUCAUGACAAAGACUCUGCAGGCUGAACUUCCAGAAGCGGAUAUCUUUAAGAAGCAUAGAUUCGAACGAAAAUCAGCUCAAGAAUACGAUGAAAAGACCAGGCUACUCAAGUUCCAAAUUUACGACAACUUCGAUAACGCAACCAAGGUGAAGGAUGAAUUAUGGGAUCUGCUACGAAAGGAGAAGGUCUUGGAGGAGUGGGAUGUUCAGGGGCUAUUUCUCAUGACCAGCAUGGGAGAGGUUUUCGAUGCUUUGGACGACGAACGACUGCUCAAGGUUUUCAAAAUGCCGACCUUGGAGGAAUUUCUCGAUCGUCUGUUCCCCUCGACCGCAGGUGUUUCAUCCAUGUAG